UGGGCUGUGCUUGAGAAACACCUGUGAGUCUUACCUGAGAGAGAAAAACGAGAAGGAGGAGAAGGAUGGAGAACACGAGUGUCCGAUACAUGGAGAGAAAAUCGAACUGUUCUGUCAAACAGAUGAAGAGGCUAUUUGUGCAACGUGUAAGAAACAAGAGCACAGAUGGCACCAAACGCAAAAGCUACAGCAGGCCGUGCGGCAACGUAAGAAAGGUACAGAACGGGACCCCAAAAUCUCCAGGUACAUUCAGGACUCACUACACAUUCCCCGAUCAGGAGUUGAGUUCAGAAACACUUACUGAUGUUUCCAAACAUCUGGGCAACUUGAAGUACCAAGUGUGGGAGACGAUGAAGAACAUCUGCUCUUACUACCCUGUGAUCCUGAACCCAAAUGUAGCUCCACCCGACAUCUCUGUGUCAGAUGACCUGACCUCUGUGACCUCAUGUCUCCGUCAGCAGGACGAGCCCAACCCUCUUCAUCUGCACAGGAGCCGUGUGGUGUUGGGGAGCGUGGGAUUCACUGAUGAUUUUCACGCAUAGGACAUUGAGGUGGGAGAGAGUCACCACUGGAGCCUUGGAGUGUGUCUUGGAUUGGAGGGAAAACCUACCACACAACCUUUGACCCCUGAAAACGGCUUCUUGGGUCUCAGACGCGAUGGAGACUCGUAUGAAUUGAUGACCGCUGGGAUGUCGAGAUUAAACAUGAAGGCAAAUGCAGAGGUAGUGAGAGUAAAACUUGUGCAUUGUUAUGAGUAUCUUCAAGACACGUUGUAGCUGAAAGGCUGGAGGAAGGUGAGCUUUUCUGAUGCCAGGAGCGAUUCAUUAAUUGCAGAAUUUGCUAGAGUGCCAUUGGAGAAGAAACUCUUUCCCUUCGUGAUCCCAGAAGAUCAGUCCAUCCCGCUGCGUUUUGUCCCAGCUAACGUUACUCUAACUGUUGAACAGAAACUAUCAUUCCAGGAGAGAAAUCGAGUCUUUCUCAUUGUCUGUUUUGGUUUUGUCAUGGUUAUAUUGGUGAUUCUAUUAGGAAAGGGUGACCAACAGGGCAGGUGAAAAGUAAAUGGCUGUUCAUUUACCAUAAUGGCCUGUUAUAAUGAUUCAGUCAGCUAAAGCAGACUUCUGAGCAAAACCAAACAAUCUAGCAGUACUGUACUAUAAUGUGAAUAUAAUGGAGCCCACGUCCAUGAUGAUACUAAUGCCGGGCACAGCGUGCA